CGUGAAGCGUUGACGACAACGACCCCCAAACAGGAUGUGCAUGUUGCCCGUAUUCACUGCAUCGCCCAAAGUCUGCGCCACGCCCAAAACAGGAAGCAAUCACGCCAGCAGCCAGUAACCAACCAGCAGCCAAAGGACCUCUCAUCAAUUGGGCAUCGACUUUGUGCCGGAUCAGCAGCACCAUGCGAUGGAGAGAACCUUUCACUCCCGCACUCCCGCACUCCACAGGGCAGCUAGUGUGGGUCCCCUUAGCACUAAGCCGUUGUGGCGGUCGGGCCCAGGCCAUUUGAUGACAGCAAGCCCGCCCGAGUGACGUCAUGCCGUGGCUCUUGCCUUGCUGCGACUCCCUCGCAAAUGCACGAACAGCAAGGAAAACGAGGCCGGACCUCGGCCCCUUGCUCCUUCCUGUCCCUUUCUGCUUGCUUCCUGUGACCGCCUCUCUCGCUCUGCUAUAUUUGGCAGUCGAGCCUUGCUUGGCCUGCAUACCCAAACUGGAGAGAGCGUCACCCUCUACCUUCCCUUUCCACCCUGACCCAGCCAUCUCUCGCGAUUUCCACCACCACCAACGGCUUUUGUUGUGCUGCCCCAUCACCCCCCAUCCACCCACCACGUUGGCGACCCCUGAUCAUCAGACGGCCACCACAUCUGCCCACCCCCAGCGUUCAUCUCGGACAGGGACCUGGACUGGGACCUAGGGACGGAGUCAAAAUCGUGCAUGGAACAAGAGUCCCUUCAGGGGUCCUGUUUUUCCACCUGUGGACCCUCUGUCUCUUUUAAACAUCGUCACGCCGCCCAUCACCCACCACCAUCAUAACCUCACAGCCUUGUGCUUCCACUUUCUUUUCCCUCCGUCACUACCGCCACAUCCCUCGCUCGAGAUCAUAGUGCUACCAGCCUAGUAUCCUGUACCCCAAGGGAGAAGAGGCUCACAACCUCUCGACUCAGUCUUAACUACAGAUCACCACAAUGAUCCGAUUAUCAUACUGGGUGCUCCCCAUAAUCUCGGGGACGGUAUGGCUGGGUACGCUGCUCGGCUUGCUACUUCACUGGAUCGUUGGCACCAACCGAAUGUUCUAUAGCAGCAUGAGCGAUGGUCAGCAUAUCGCUUAUAUCAGUGAUGUCGGUGCCAGUGAGCUCAAGCCGCUCUUCAUCACGGGAUGCGUCGUCACCACGGUUUUUCUCAACGCCGGCUUUCUGGCCGACCGUUGGCUGCGCCACAAGGGCCGCCUCGUGCCCAACACCAGCGUCACCGAAAAGGUCCUCUCGGCCCUCACCGUUUUCUUCGCACUCGCCGGCACCGCUGGCCUCAUCCUCUUGAGCAUAUUCGACACCCUGAACUGGACGAUGCUGCACCGCAUUUUCCUGGCGCUCUUCAUGGGCGGCUACGCCCUGAGCGCCGUGUUCAUUUGCUGGGAAUACCAGCGUCUUGCCCAGAAAAGGGAGCACCGCAUCCUGCGCAUCUCCUUCUGGAUCAAGCUCGCCUUUGUCAUCACCGAGGUUUUGCUUAGCAUCGGCUUCGGACUUGCACUCAGAACCAGAAACCAGAACUCGGGCGCCAUCCUCGAGUGGGUCAUUGCCUUCAUCUUCACCUUUUACAUCUUUUCCUUCCUGAUCGACCUUUACCCGGCCGUCUACACGGGCCGCAGGGGCAUCGGCGCCCACCGACAGCGUGGCGCCUCGGACGCCUUCAGGACCAAGGGCAUGCCCGGGACCACCCACCAAUCGUCGUCCUCCAUGUCUCAACGCAGGCCGUUCGACGAGGAGAACGGAAGGCCCGAUUCGUUCCCCAUGCGCACUGCUGGGGGCAACGGCGAGUACGGACGGAGUUACGCGAAUGGCACGGCACCGAUGCCGCAGCCCCCUCCGCAGAAUUUUUAGUCUGGUUUCGGAAGGGGGGAUUGGGGCCGCGAGCCCGGAAAAUUCCCAAGUUCGCCAGAGAGGAAGAUACCUGAUGCCCCCAGAGUACUUCGGAGGAAGAUAAUGUCUUGACCACGGAAUGGUCUCUCAUGUAACACGUCCCUGCGACUCACGAUUUUCUUUAAUGUUUAUUUUAUAUCCUUUCCUCAGCAGCUGUAUGAUAGCCUGGAGUUCAAGAUACCUCACUCAAGCCCGGCACCAUUAUCCUUUGGUUCUUUAUAUACGGCUGGAGCUUGAUGUCGGUUGGUCGAGUCGAGGCCGCCCAGCUGCCUCUGCAUUGUGCCUUGAAGGCAGCUACAUCGUCUGCUUUCUUGCCUUUCCCAGCACGCAAAUAUCCCACAAUUGCGCCACCCACAACCAAGACAAAACACUUGCACAUACAAAAAAAAAAAAAAGGACGAUACUCAUGACCGUGUGACAGGCACUUGCCUCUAUUCCCUUAUACGCCUAUUUCCUAUGACAUUUGGAGAUGGUAUGCUGAUCAGCGCAGUUAGGUGCUGCCUGAAUGCCAGACACAAGGAAACCCAAACCCCGUAGUCCUGGAGCGCCUUGACGCACGCACCGUCGGUCGGCCCUACGUACCGUUUUGCGCAAAGAGGCAAAACCGGACCGAGGCAUCUUUGUCAUCGGGAGGCCAUACACGAAGAAAAGCAGGAAGGAAGAGGGGAGGGGGAUAUGAGAAGAAGAAAAAGGGGGACAGAGGACACACAAAGGAAAACAAAAACCUUGGCAAUCGCAUAUCCAUUCCUCCUUUGCUGCGGCGUCUAGGGGGGAGGGGAAAAAAGAAAGAUUGCUGACAUGGACUCUUUCAAACUCUAAGGGCUCGUAAACAAACAGGUCUUCUUGCUUCUCAAGAUGGCCUCCAUAAAUUCAUCCAAACGAUAAGAGGCACAUAAUCUUCGUCAUCGUCUUGGGCAUGGCGGGGCCGGGCCAUGCGGACACCGCCGGAACAGCUUGCCGUCUAGGGCUGGGCUUGCAUCUAUGACUUGUUGAAAAACCACUAUAUUAAGAAAACGACACUUGGUUAGCAUGUUUUUUCGUCUUCUUUUUUUUUGCCCCUGAGACGUGACAUAGGUCUGGCAGGGGUACGUUUGUUACGUACGCUUGACCUCUUGUUUUCGCUGGAAGUCUGAAGGUUGCUGACAAUCGGGUUGGUCGCCG